UUGAUAACACUGUCAUUGGACUGAACUGAAUAAAAAAAAAACAUGAUUCUACACAACCAAUGUUCAUACACGCCUUGUCGUUAAGAAGGGAUUGGGAUGUAUAGCAAAUAUAACUAGGGAAGACACUGUAAUGUUGUACCUCUGAUGUGGUUGUGUUUUGUGACAGACCAGCAACAUGUUAGAGGGCCUGGCUGCAUGGGUGCUCAACACCUAUGUAGGGGAGUAUGUGGAGAACCUCAACACAGACCAGCUGUCCAUAGCUCUGCUGCAAGGAGCUGUUGAACUUGAGAAUUUGCCUUUGAAAAAAGAUGCCUUGAAAAGCCUUGACAUUCCUUUGGAAGUAAAAUCAGGUCUGAUUGGGAAGAUCACAUUACACAUCCCACUGAGUCGACUUCGAAGUGAGCCAUGGGUCAUCUCCAUAGAGAAACUCUACCUGGUGGCAGGCCCCCUGACUGACAUGAAGUAUGACCAUGAUCAGGAGAAGGAGACAGAGCGGAGUGCCAAGGCAGACAUGUUGGAUGCUCUGGAGGCCAAAUGGCAGGUUCAACGCCAAGGAAAAAAUCCAGAUUAUGCCUCUUCUUCUUCCUGGUUCUCAUAUGGGACAUCCAUGGCUGCCAAUGUCCUGGAGAAUAUUCAGCUACACGUGAAGGAUGUACAUAUCCGAUAUGAAGACGAGCACCUCAAUCCAUCCUGUCCCUUUGCUUGCGGUAUCACCAUCCAGAACCUCAGUGCACAGAGCACAGACAAGAGCUGGUUGUCCAAGUUUGUGAGCCGCUCAGAGAGCGACAUUAUGUACAAGCUGGCUGACCUGAAGGACUUCUCUGUGUACUGUGAUACCAACGCCACCAUGCUGGGAGACCUCUCCAUGUCAGACCUUGCAGAUGCACUUCAGCGUGGCAUGUAUGUAUCCACUGCUGACGGCAACUUCCACGACCACGAGUACAUGUUAAACCCAGUGAGUGCCCAGGCUCAGAUCAAACGGCGCAGCACCACCCUCCCGCUCCGGUCAGCCUCCACCCCCAGGAUCAGUGUGGACAUAAGCCUGGACAGCAUCGCCUUCCACCUGACCACAGAGCAGUAUCAGAGUCUCCUGCUGUGGCAGAGCGAGUUCGAGAGGCAUGGUGUGAGGAGACAACACAGGAAGUGGAGGCCGACCAAUACUGUCAAGAACAGUCCAAGGAAAUGGUGGAUGUUUGCCAUCGACUGCCAUCUGUCGAAGAUUCAGGAUCGCAACAAGCGUCACACAAAGGCCUUCAUGCUGGAGAGGGCUGGAAAGGCUAUAGCUUACACAAAAGCCUACACUGCUGUACUGACGGAAGACAACCCAGCACCUGGAGUGAAGACCUCCCUGGAAGAUCUGGAAGAAGAGCUUGGGUUUGAUGAGCUGAAGAUUCUAAGGGAAGUAAUCCUGUCCAAGUUACGCUCUGAAAACAGAUUGCCAAGGAAAAGCCCUUCAUCAGUGGACCAGCCUACUCCAAGCCCUGCAGGAGGGGAUCAGACCGGACUGUUCCAACGCUGGUUCCCAGGUUGGUCAGGGUGGUACCAAGGGGCUGAACCCCACAUGGAGCAUGCUGGUCACACCGAGGACACUAAGGGGGAGUCGGAUGUAGAUGGGCCUGCAGAGGCUGUUGGACAGACAGAGCUGGAGCAAGAAAUCUUAGAUGUUAUUCUUGAUUCCACUGAGAACACAUCACUGCUACGUAAAGACACAGUGUUCGCCAGUAUGACUUUCUCCCUGUCUAAAGGAUCCUUUGAACUGGUGGAGAGCAGAGGACCACACAAAGCUUCAAGGCCUCUGGCUGAACUCCAGUGUUCCACUAUCAACAUGGAAUUUGAGUCUCGUCCUCGUACUACCGCCAUGAAGUUCAAGUUAGCUGUGGGCAGUCUACAUCUUCAAGACAAGACCACUCACAACUCGGUGUUCCCUUACAUCAUCUCGCCACAGUCACAGGAGUCCAUUGGCCACUCCCCGAGCCCCCUUCCUCGUCCCAGUACAGCUGAGCGACUCUCACCGAGGCCAUUGCUGCAGGACACGCACGCGAGUGGAAGUUUUUUGAGCUGUCGUACGAGAAGAACCCUUCUUCAAGCUUCUUCAGAUACAAAACCAGCAUCAAGACCCGGCCUCUGGACAUUGUCUACUCUCCAGCAUUCAUCAAACUAGUGAAGGGGUUCUUCUCUUCCCCAGUCAGUCGAGCACAGAAAGCAAGGAGAUCCAGAGCCUCAGCAUGGAAGUUUGAGGCCCUGAAGAAGAAAUCUCCAGAGCAGCUAAUGGAAACACUGGAUCAACUUCUGGAAGCAGAG